CCUCUUUCUUCUUUCUUCUCUGCUCCAAAAUUAAAAAAAAAAAAAAAAAUGGGGUUGAGAUCUUCAGAGAGAAAACUCUCAUUCGAUAUCCUUAGCUUUGAUAAUAAUAAAGAAGAUGAUUCGCUUUCCCUCUUUCGCUCUAUCUCCGAUUCUUCUCACAACCGGACGAAAUCUGAUGCCGAUAUCCCACCUACUCCGAAAAGUCGGAAGAAGAAAAGGCAAAAGAAGAAGAAACCGACAUCUCCCAGUUUCGAUGCGAUCCCGGAGGAUGUGGUAUUGGAUUCGGAUGAGAGAAUUGGGAGUGGGAUUCGUUUUGAAAGCAGAAGCGAUGUGAAUUGCCAGAGUAGUAGUUACGGCGGGAGUGUGUGUACAGUGGUGGCGGCGAGUGGUGAGAGUGGGACUAGUUUGAGGCAGAGGAAUGUGAAUGGGACUGAUGACUUAGCGGCGGAGGAGAGUCCGUCGGAGAAGCAAGAGCGGCGAAGUGAGACGAUGCCUAAUGGAAGUAGUGGUGGUGGUGGUGGUGUUCUCACGAAGUUGGAGACGGCGGAGUCGUUGGAUUGGAAGCGACUCAUGGCGGAAGAUCCUCACGGUACUUAUCCAAUAGAGCAGUCACCUUGGAAAUACUUUAUGGAAGCAAUGUAUAGUGGAAAUUCAUUGCAGAGCACAACAACAAUUGGUGAUGAGAAAGAACGACAGAGAGUAUAUGAUACCAUUUUCCGCUUGCCAUGGAGAUGUGAGCUGAUUAUAGAUGUUGGCUUUUUUGUCUGCUUGGAUUCAUUUCUGUCAUUGUUAACCAUCAUGCCAACAAGGAUUCUGAUGACUCUUUACAGGCUUCUAAUUAAAAGGCAGUUUAAUAGUCCUUCUACUGCUGUACUGUGUGAUUUUUCUUGCUUCAUUGUGCUGGCUUGUGGAGUCACCCUUUUGGAGCGAACAGAUAUCAGUUUAAUUUAUCACAUGAUUCGGGGCCAAGGAACAGUCAAACUCUAUGUCGUGUAUAAUGUCUUGGAGAUAUUUGAUAGACUAUGCCAAAAUUUUGGUGGAGAUGUAUUGGAGACACUAUUUUACUCUGCAGAAACACUAGCGAAUUGUUCAGAAGAAAACAGGAGCUCCUGUACUUGGAAAUUCUUUUAUGACCUAGCAUUAGCUACAGCUUCUUCAAUCUUUCAUUCUUUUAUUUUAUUAGCUCAGGCAAUUACUUUAUCGACUUGUAUUGUUGCUCACAAUAAUGCUUUACUGGCUUUACUGGUAUCCAAUAAUUUUUCUGAGAUAAAAGGCAGUGUGUUCAAACGCUUUAGCAAGGAAAACAUUCAAAUACUUGUGUAUGCUGAUUCAAUUGAGAGAUUUCACAUUUCAGCAUUUCUCUUGUUUGUUUUGGCUCAAAAUAUUCUGGAGGCUGAGGGUCCUUGGUUUAAUAGUUUUAUUUUUAACGCUCUUAUGGUUUUCUUAUGUGAGAUGUUAAUAGAUGUUAUAAAGCAUUCAUUUCUUGCUAAAUUCAAUGGCAUAAAGCCCAUUGCUUACUCUGAGUACCUAGAAGACCUCUGCAAACAGACUUUGAAUAUAAAAACUGAGAACGAGAAAAAAAUGCUGACUUUUGUUCCUUUGGCACCAGCUUGUGUGGUCAUCCGAGUAUUAACUCCUGUUUUCGCUGCACACCUGCCUUGCAAUCCUCUUCCAUGGAGACUCUUCUGGAUUUUUCUCUUAUCUGCCAUAACUUAUGUCAUGCUCACAAGUCUUAAGGUGAUGAUUGGCAUGGGUCUACAGAAACAUGCUACAUGGUACGUUGAAAGGUGCCGUAAGAGAAAACACCAUCUUCAUUCUGAUUAAUUUGAAAAGAUUUUGCUACAAAUACAUAAAUCUGCUUGUUUCAGUGCCACAAUCUUCCUUCUGCCAAAACCGUUUAUGAUUUAUAGGAGAACCAUCCCGGUAUACAUGUUAGACAUUGAUCGGCGGUUCUUAUAGAGCUAGAGCAGCCCUUUGUACAGUUUGAGAUAAUUAUUUGACAUGGCAUUUGCUUCCAAUUUUGAUAUGAUAUAGAUGAAUAUUUGAUUACGGGAAUCAUAACUGUAUACAAAAUUUACAGGAAAUUUUUUUUGUUUGGAUCGAACAAUCUGAGUUAUGGGAAGGAAAUUAGCUA